AUGAAGUUCCAGAGUGACAGGCAGUUAGCUCUUUAUGGACAGCAAGGCGUUGCAGGGACAUGGAAAGCAUUAAAGGGGAUCGGUUCUGAUAUUUACUCAGGAAUGGAGAGAGUAAGUUGGUACUCUUCAUGCUUAAUCCCCAGCUAUCACGAUGUGUGUGAUGAGCUUCUCUCAGAAGAAAAGAGAAUGUACCUCUCAAUUCUCUCGCUUUAUCGUUAUCGCGAUGUAAUAGCACACAUGCUAUUCCUUUAUUUUGAAAGUGUUAUUACAGAUUCUGAAAAUGGAAAUGAACAAAAUCGCGUUCGUAAGAUGGAUUCAAAAGUAACGGGGCUUGUUAACAACAUACCGACAAGUAAGGCCGCGCGUUUGGCGAUAGCAUGGGGGCUGGCCAAAUUCCUUUCCGAAUCUGGCAUACUCUCUGACAUCGUCGUCGAACGGCUUGCACGCCGCGUACCUAACGUUGUCAUGGCGCUUCAACUGAUUGGAACGGAACAGAAGUGCGCUCUUGCUGCUCGUCGCCUGAAAACAUUGGACCCUAAGUAUUACGCCACACUCUAUGCCGCACAACUGGAGAUGCUUUACUACUUUUUGGAGCCUUUCCUGUCUGAACUCAUUAAGAAGGUGCAAAUGGGGUUCUAUAAGGAUUUCGAUGCAAUUUAUAACGACUUAAAGGGUAAGGAGCAUGUUUAA